UAUAAGUCGUAAAAAAGCUGUUUAUCUGAAAAAUCUCGGUUGAAAUGAGUGUCGACAUAAUGGGGGCACAAUAGAAGCGUAUAUAUACAACAACACAAAGCAAACGAAGGAUUUAACGCCACAAAAUCUGAAAUUGGGUAUGAAAUGCAUUCUACCACAUGCAGCACCGUCAAUUCACCUUUCCACCACCACCUCAAUCACCGGAGCAACAUUCGGAACUCUAAUUUCAGAUUACGCGCCAAAUCCUCAAUCCUCAUUCCCAAACAAGACACCAGGCUAAAAGAGCCUUUCUCAGAUUCCAUCUCUCGCCGCCUCAUCCUUCUUCGCCAUGCCGAAAGUUCUUGGGAACACCCUUCACUCCGAGAUCAUGACCGGCCUCUGAGUAAGUCAGGGAAGGAAGAUGCUGUGAAAGUUUCUCUCAAACUCCAACAGUUGGGUUGGAUUCCUGAACUUAUACUAUCUAGCGAUGCGGCCCGGACUAAGGAGACACUCAAGAUAAUGCAGGAGCAAGUGCAGGAACUACUGGACGCCGAGGUUCAUUUUGUUUCUAGUUUCUAUUCGAUUGCGGCCAUGGAUGGGCAAACUGCAGAUCACCUUCAAAAGGUUAUUUGUAAAUAUUCAAGGGAUGAGAUGUUAACUGUCAUGUGCAUGGGACAUAACAGGGGGUGGGAAGAGGCAGCUUCAAUGUUUUGUGGGGCAUCUGUAGAAUUAAAGACAUGCAAUGCUGCACUGCUUGAAAGUGCUGGGAAAUCUUGGAAUGAGGCAUUUGUAGCAGCAGGGUUUGGUGGGUGGAAGCUUCAGGGCAUAUUAAAACCAAGUAGCUAGCUAGUCAAGAUUUUCCAUACUGAUAAUCUUGCCAAUAGAUGCUCAAAAGAUAAAGUUGGAAGCAUCGUUGCUUAUUUUAGUAAUCCAAACCGCAUCAGUUUGGUCAGGGCAUGGAUUGCUCAGAGCUCAUGACUAGGGAAAGCAUACUAGAUGGAAGAUGGAAAACGAUGUAAAAAUGCUCUGUCAGAUUCUGUUUAAUUUGGCAGUAAUGAAUUGUUUCUAUUGACAUUCAAUAUGAAGCAUUGCCGAGAGUAAUUUGUUGGAUAUCAAUGCCUGCUUUAGUAUAGAAUGUAAAGCAUAUAGGUUCUUUCAAUUUAACUCAUGCUACUCAGUUGUGUAGUUGUUGCUGUUUAACAGACACACUUUAUGUUUCAAAGAAAAAAAGUUACUUGUGAAUCAUGUA